UUACCUUAAAUCUAAAUAUGGACGGAUGACAUGACAGCUCUACAAGAGUGAAGCCAAAUCGUGUUGAUUGCCCCCUGGUAGCCGGCUGCAGUAUGGAAUAUAACCCCACUGCCUCCUCCAUGUUGGUGGAUAUGACAUGGACAAAACUAAAAAGUACAGGUAAAUAAAACAUAAUGUAAAUGACAUCAUUUCAAGUCGAAUUUCAAUGUCGGGGCUUUCGGACACUUGGAUGACACUGCAGGAGCAUCGGGAGGCAUUUUGGGUUUUGUUUUUGUUUUUUUUUACGGUUGAAGAAGUGGUCACCAGGUUCUUCAGUCGUAUUGGAUUUGGCUGCAACACUUGAAACUCCUGAAGUGUUUUUGUGGACUUCACCCACCCCCUGCAUCCGCAUAGUGGUGAGUAUAGAUAAUAGAGUGCAUUUUUUUUCAAUUUUUGGGUGAACUAUCCCUUUUAAAUGAAGAAUUAGAGAUUACAGUUGUUUAGUUGUGUGAACGGCUCAUGCACAGAGUGAAUUGAAUCAUAUGUGAGCACAGAGACAGACGCGGUGUGCUCUGUAGUGAAGUGAGCUCGGUGCAGCAGCUCAGCCUCAUCAGCUGUUGGAGGAUGUUGCCUCGGAGGCAGAUAUGAUGUAAUCAAAGGCUCCAGUCCGUCCACAGGCAGAGACACAGAGCCGGGGACAGAGAGAGACACAGAGCCGGGGACAGAGUCACACAGAGCCGGGGCUGCUGGAUCCAUCACCCCGCCUCACCCACGGAUCUUUCUGAAAUCUCAUCCAUCCAUCGAGCGGUCUGUGUCGGGGGUUGGAGGGGGGGGGCUCGUGUCGCGGAGGUUCGAGCCGACGAAGAGGAUGAUGAUGCCGGAUGUGGGCCAGCAGCUGUAGCGGCAGCAGCAGCACUGGUGUGUCGGGGAAGCAGCUGGUGGUGGUGAUGGUGGUGGUGACCCCCCCCUCCUCCUCCCUCAACUCUCUGGAAUCAAGCACCAUGGCCCCGGAGCACUGGUCCAACAUCCUCCGCGUGAAAAUGGCCUCGGUCCGCCCGUAGCUGUCCCUCCUCCGCCCGCGAUGACUGCAGGUCGCCCGCUUCACGCUCCCAGCCUCGCAGGCCCUCUUCACCCGCUGUGGAUCACGAUGUUACCGCCGAUGUGAUGUUUUAACCGGCUGUGUUUGCUUUUAUCUGGUGAACGCUGCUCCAGCUCCAGCCUGCCGCGGUCCCCCUCCUCACAGCUGUUGAAUCUUUGGAGCCGGGGCAUGGGCCGCGUCCGCCGCCGCUCCCCGCGCUGCCCUGCAGGGGUCUGAUCCAUCUCGCUUCCCCCCGGCGGUAAUGGCUAAUUUGACAUAUCCCCGUUAAAGCUUCGAAUAUCCGGACACUUUCCUGGCUUUUUACCCGCAGAACUGUUUCCCAGAAGUGACCCCGGAAUGAGCUCCUCCAAUCCCUCCAGCAGAAGCCUGCCCUCCGCCUCUGUGCGCCCCGUGGCCCUGUGACUUCCCCCGGGGUGUGGAGGAGCUGAACCCCCUGCAAACGUGGAGCGUGGGGACGGUUUCCUUUCCAGCUCAGGUUUAAACCAUGGCCAAUGAACCUGUCAUCCUAAACGUGUACGACAUGUACUGGAUAAACGAGUACACUUCCAAUCUGGGUAUUGGAGUCUUCCACUCAGGCAUAGAGAUUUAUGGCAGAGAAUUUGCAUACGGGGGUCAUCCGUACCCUUUCAGCGGCAUCUUCGAAAUCAACCCCGGCAACGCUGCUGAGCUGGGAGAGACGUUCAAAUUCAAGGAGGCCAUUGUUUUAGGCACCACAGACUUCACAGAGGAGGACAUAGAUAAAAUAAUGGAGGAGCUCGGAAAAGAGUUCAAAGGAGACGCCUACCAUCUAAUGCACAAAAACUGCAACCACUUCUCCUCCUCGCUCUCUGAGCUGCUGUGUGGACGGGAAAUCCCUCGCUGGGUGAACAGACUGGCGUACUUCAGUUCCUGCGUCCCCUUCCUGCAGAGCUGCCUACCCAAGGAGUGGUUGACCCCGGCCGCCCUGCAGAGCCACAUCAGCCUUGGCCUCCACAAGGAGGACCAGAACGAGUCCAGUGACGAGGACCCUUCGUCCCCGUCCGGCGCUGCUGCCUCCGGCUCGGGCUCCUCCCACAGCUGUCGCCACACAAGGGUCUGAAAUGCCCCCCCCCCGCCCUCCCACGCACACACACAC